UAUAUGCCUAUUAUUUGAUUACUUAUGAAAACUGAAUCCCAUAUAACCAACGUAUUUUAAUGUAUAUAUGCCUAUUAUUUGAUUACUUAUGAAAACUGAAUCCCAUAUAACCAACGUAUUUUAAUGUAUAUAUGCCUAUUAUUUGAUUACUUAUGAAAACUGAAUCCCAUAUAACCAACGUAUUUUAAUGUAUAUGCCUAUUAUAUGAUUACUUAUGAAAACUGAAUCCCAUAUAACCAACGUAUUUUAAUGUAUAUAUGCCUAUUAUUUGAUUACUUAUGAAAACUGAAUCCCAUAUAACCAACGUAUUUUAAUGUAUAUAUGCCUAUUAUUUGAUUACUUAUGAAAAUUGAAUCCCAUAUAACCAACGUAUUUUAAUGUAUAUGCCUAUUAUUUGAUUACUUAUGAAAACUGAAUCCCAUAUAACCAACGUAGUUUAAUGUAUAUGCCUAUUAUUUGAUUACUUAUGAAAACUGAAUCCCAUAUAACCAACGUAUUUUAAUGUAUAUGCCUAUUAUUUGGGUAACUUAUGAAAACUGAAUCCCAUAUAACCUACAUAUAUUUAAAAUGAUUGCUUAUAAAAACUGGAUCCCAAAUAACAAACGAAUUCAUAAAUAUGUCUAUAUUGAGUUAAGAAUGCUCAAAACUUGCUUCCAUUCUACCAGGAACAUAUAUUUGUUAAAAAAAGAAACGCACAAUACCCUGAAUUUUGUCGUUGUUGCUUUUGUUUUUUUAUUGGGGGCGAUUUUUAUCAAUCAUAACGUAAAGCAUGUAAACGUGAAUACGUGUUUUAUUGAAAAUGUACCUGAAUUCAUAUUAUAUUAUUUGUUUCCAAUGUGUUUUCUUUUAAACAAUAAUCUAAAUCAUGAGAAUUUACAAGAAGUUCAUGUUUGUUUUCAAUUUCACCAUUCAAAACACCCGCCAUACACAACACGAGAACAAUUUACGACAUUUGUUUGCUUUGUUAUGUAAAUGAUUUAAAAUAUAAUAUAAAAUGGGCAACACUAAUCAAAAGUCACCAAUACGGAAGACGCAGUCUGUCCCUGAUACUCAGGUCCUAGAUGCAAAUGUUGAUUUUUCGAGUUCCAAAGGAAAGUCUGGCAGUACUUGGCGCCUUUUCCGUGGAAAGUCAACAAAUGCUAUAGACAAGAUGGAUGCCAAUGAAGUAGCCAAAAAGAAGAAAAACCAGCCCCAGCUGGCAGUGCCCCUGGUUGAGGCAUUGUUUCUUCCCGACUUUCCUGUGAAGAGUCAAGACACAGACUUUGAUAUUGUUGACGUGAUAGCCAAAGGUGCAUAUGGAAAUGUGGUGAAGGUUCGCAAAGAAGAUGACAAACUGUACUAUGCAAUGAAGGUGUUGGACAAGAAGCAGAUUAUCGUGGAGAGUGCCAUACAGCAGUGUAAAGACGAGGCUGCCAUACAGUCAAUUUUGGGAGAUCAUCCAUUUAUCGUCAAGUGUCAUGAGUACUGGCAAUCACGUAAACAUCUUUACAUAGUCCUGGACUAUGUACCAUACGGAGACAUGUUCACUCUGUGGACGUUUCAUGGUUUUUUCCCAGAGAAAUUAGUGAAACUCUAUGUUGCAGAAAUGGCAAUGUCACUAGAUUAUCUUCAUAAGUCGGGGGUUAUUUACAGAGACAUGAAGAUGGAGAAUCUCCUGUUUGAUGCAGAAGGCCAUCUACAGUUGACAGACUUUGGCCUUGCAAAAUGGCUUGCUCGAGGUGAAAAGACACGGACAGUCUGUGGAACACUGCAGUACAUGGCACCAGAAGUAUUAGCAGUUUACCCAUACGGACACACUGCAGACUGGUGGUCACUUGGAAUCCUGGUGUAUGCCAUGCUUGUUGGAAAGUACCCUGUUGAUGGUGCCGCGGACCAUAUUGAGAUGGCCCAGCGUGUGAUAGACUGUGAUUACUUAUGUCCCGACAUUGUCUCAGAUGCAGCUCAGGAUAUUGUCAACAAGUUGCUGAUGAAGAGCCCUGCAAAGAGACUGGUUGACCUGUAUUCCUUGCAGAAUAUGACCCUCUUUAGCCGCCUAAACUUCACUGAUGUCAUAGAGAGAAAGAUAAGUCCCCGGCAGCUGGUGGGACAAGAUUUCUUCCCCAUGACUGGCACCAGCUACAGUUUUGCACCUGGCUCUACACAUUCAAAUGACAGCUUUCAAGAUUUUGACUGUGUAUGGAACCUUCCAAAUGGAGCAGACAGACCUGUGUAUGUAUGACGUCCACUGCAUGUGUAGAGGCACAACAGCAAUAUGUAAGAGGACAAUUUCAACUGUAUGCUGGUUAUACAAGGGUCUGGAAUGUGUGUCCACCAAGCCAUAUACUGCCUGGGGGGAUCAUGCCUAACAUAUGUUAGUGACCCCAGCAUUGGCCACUGUGAUCCUCUCCUGAUAUUUAUACACCUGCUGGACAGAUGUCACAUCUGCUGUGUUAUGUACCAGUCUACCAGAACGGUUCUCUGUGUUAUGUACCAGUCAACCAUGUACUAAUCUGCCAGACUGGUUCUCUGUGUUAUGUUCCAGUCUACCAUGUACCAGUCUACCAGACUGCGUCUCUGUUUUGUACCAGUCUACCAGAAUGGUUCUUUGUGUUAUGUACCAGUUAACCAUGUUCUUAUCUACCAGACUGGUUCUCUGUGUUAUGUAACAAUCUACUAUGUACCAGUCUACCAGACUGGUUCUCUGUAUUGUACCAGUCUAUCAUAAGCCAGUUAACCAGACUAGUUCUCUGUGUUGUAAACCAGUCUACCUGACUGGAUCUAUGUAUUGUGAACCAGAUUAGUUCUAGAAGAGAUAUGCUUUGAUGAGUGUCGGAAAGAGAGAAUAACCAGAAUCCAUGACUCAGUGAGAUGGACAAAGUGAGAUGGACAAAGAGGGGUGAUUAAGCAGAUAACAUUAUUUCUUUAACAAUGGCAUUUUCUUGUAAAAUUACUCGAUGUACAUGUAGCUUACUCGGUUAUGAAAAAUAAUGUACUCUUACAUACAAUUUUAUUAUGUGAAUCAUCUAUAGAGGUUGUGUAUUCAUUGUGAAAUGAUAAGACACAUUAAAUGCUAAUGAAUUGGUUAAUGCAAAUGAUUCUUUUAUAGAUCUGACAAUGCAUUUGUGUAGUUGAUAACUUACUCAUACAACUCUUACUCCACCAUAUAGAAGAGAAUUGUUUGUUCAGGGGUAUGCUCGCUUGUAAAUAUCCUAAAAAGAAAUUAUGUCUGCUGAUUGACUUAAAAAGUUGGGUUGAGUUUUUCAGCAUGUCGGGGCUGUUGAUCAUAUCUCAAAAAUUUAAUUAUGCUAAGGGACAUAACACUUCAUCUUAGUAUUCAUGGCUGCAAGACAGUUAGCUAACUCCAUAUGAUCCUCAAUAUAAGUUAUAGCACCUGUUUUUGACAUGCACUUAUUUCAUUAAUAAUGUAUGUUAUUCAGUGAUAUAUUACAUAUACUAAGUGGCGUAUUCAACAACAAAAAAACAGGCAAGCAUUUGGCAUUUUCACCACGGCGCUCAUGUUAACAAUUGCAUCAUUAGUUCAUCUCAAUACAAUUCUUAAAUUUUUCCUUUUUUGAAUUUACAUUUUUAUAGGUUUUACACAUUUUUUUUGGUGUUAUAUAAUAAUGAUACUUGAAUACCACGAUAGUUUUACCACAUGUUUUAAUGAAGAUGAUUUCAAAAGGACA